AUGGCUGAAGCUGUAGAUCUACUGGAUCAGGACCAGUUCAGCUGUCCAAUCUGUCUGGAUGUACUGAAGGAUCCGGUGACUAUUCCCUGUGGACACAGUUACUGUAUGGGCUGCAUUAAAGGCUACUGGGAUCAGGAUGAUCUUAUUUGUAUGUACAGCUGUCCCCAGUGCAGACAGACCUUUGCCCCAAGGCCUGUUCUGGGCAGAAACACCAUACUGGCUGCUAUGUUGGAAAAAUUAAAGAAGAUGGGACUCCAAGCUGCUCCUCCUGCUCACUGUUAUGCUGGACCUGGAGACGUGGCGUGUGAUGUCUGCACUGAGAGAAAGCGCAAAGCUGUGAGGUCCUGUUUGGUGUGUCUGGCCUCUUACUGUGAAACUCACCUCAAACUUCAUAACGACCUUGAUCCAGGAAAGACACAUAAUCUCAUCAAUGCCACUGGACACCUUCAGGAGACUAUUUGUCCUCAACAUAAGAAACUGCUGGAGGUUUACUGUCGUACUGAUCAGCAGUGUAUCUGUUAUCAGUGUACUAUGGAGGAGCACAGAAGCCAUGAUACAGUCUCAGGUGAAGCAGAAAGGACCGAGAAACAGAAGCAGCUGGGGGCGACACAGAGGAAAUUCCAGCAGAGAAUCCAGGAGAGAGAGAAGGAGCUGCAGGAUCUGAGACAGGCUGUGGAGUCACUCACGUGCUCUGCACAGGCAGCAGUGGAGGACAGUGAGAGGAUCUUUACUGAGAUGAUCCACUCCAUUAAGAGAAGGCGUUCUGCGGUGAAAGAGCUGAUCAGAGAUCAGGAGAAGGCUGCAGUGAGUCAGGCUGAAAGACUCCUGGAGAAACUGGAGCAGGAGAUUGCUGAGCUGAAGAGGAGAGAUGCUGAGCUGGAGCAGCUUUCACACACAGAGGAUCACAUCCAUUUCCUCCAGAGUUUCCCAUCCCUCUGGGACCCUCCAGGGCCUGGAGAUUUAUCUAGCAUCACUAUCAAUCCACACUCCUCUUUUAAGGCUGUGAAAAAAUAUGUCUCAGAGCUGAAAGAGCAACUAGAGGAUGUCUUCAAAGGAGAAAUGUUCCACAUCUCGCAAGAAGUGAAAGAAGUGAAUGUGUUACCGAUUCCAGAAGCCCAAACCAGAGACGACUUCUUGCAAUAUUCCUGCCACCUUACCCUGGACCCCAACACAGCGCACAGAGAACAUGUUCUGUCCCCAGGGAACAGAGAGGUGACACGGACUGAAAUUUGGCAUGGGUAUCCGCAGCAUUAUGAGAGAUUUUAUUAUUGGGGCCAAGUGCUGUGCAGAGAGGGUCUGUCUGGACGCUGUUACUGGGAGGUUGAGUGGAGUGGGAGGCAGGUUUAUAUAGCAGUCUCGUAUAAAGCGAUAUGCAGGGGAGGUUUAGGUGAUGAAUCUCUCCUUGGACACAAUAAAAAUUCCUGGAGUUUGGACUGCUCUCCUGCCAAAUUCUACUUCAGGCAUGCUAAUGAGCAUACUUUCAUCCCUACUCCGCCUACCUCCUCCAGAAUAGGGGUGUACCUGGAUCACAGGGCAGGAACUCUGUCCUUCUACAGCGUCUCUGACACAAUGACCCUCCUCCACAGAGUCCAGAAAACAUUCACUCAGCCCCUCUAUCCUGGGUUUAGAGUAAAGAAAAAGUCUACUUUGAAACUGUGUGAUCUGUGA